AUGGACUUGAUGAAUCGAGUUUGUGGACCGUAUUUGGAUCAAUUUGUCAUAGUCUUUAUAGACGACAUUUUGAUCUAUUCGAAAAAUGAGAAGGAGCACGAACAACAUUUAAGGUUGAUUCUUGAAUUACUAGCAAAGGAGCAAUUGUACUCCAAGUUCUCAAAAUGCGAGUUUUGGUUGCAUGAGGUACAAUUUCUCGGUCACGUAGUCAACACGGAAGGGAUCAACGUGGAUCCGGCUAAGAUUGAUGCAGUUAUGAACUGGGAAUCACCAAAGUCAGUAUCAGAGAUCCGAAGUUUUCUAGGCCUACCAGGGUAUUACCGAAGGUUUAUCCAAGAUUUCUCCAAGAUAGCAACGCCUUUGACGACACUGAUGAAGAAGUCGGUUAGGUUUGAUUGGGGGACGAAACAAGAGGAAGCAUUUUAG